CAUAUAAGGCCUUGACGGCUUUCAAUGCCUUUGACAGCUGACAAUAGGCCCAGGUGUGCUACCGACUUUUCUAUCCAGUAUGCGCAUAGUGGCAAGUUCUAAAUUUGAGCUAGCUUCGUGGUCGAACCCGAGCAUACGAACAUCUUCGUCGAAGAAUCGGCGGUUCCGUGACUUCUGUAUCGACCACACCCGAGCCGAUAGUUUCAUGGAAUGCUGGUGCCUUGACUUAGCUCGUUGGGCGGGUCAAAGGUAGAAUACAUUCCGCAACUGCGCAAAGUUGCUGCGCCGCAAGUAUUUCAUAACGUUUAUGACCUUCGUCUGCCACUCUCUUUUCUUCACAACAUGGCCUUUCUUUCAGUGCGGCGGUCCUUCAGCAUUCUCGCCGUCUUAACGAUCUUCUUUCUGCUGUCUGGGACAGCUUACAACUUUCAUGAUCGUUCGACUCGCGGACUAUCCACACAAUAUGGGUAUGCGAGUCAGCGUAUCGAAGAGAACAGGCGUUUGUCCACGAGAGAUGGGACUCGGUCACUUCCGAGUGCUGCAUGGAUCCCGCUCAGCUUGAGCGAGUGUAUUUUUGGCAUGCCCGCCUACUACGCGCCUUGCGUAGCGCAAAAACUGUCGAAAAAGGUGUUGUACGCUGAGGAACUACUAUACCCAGCGUUCGAGAUCCGACAGCCACAUUUUGCGACCGAGGAACACAAGGAUCGCUGGCGAAACGCCGCUUUGAGAGUGAAAGAGCGUGGGACGCUGCAAGACAGUGGGUGGCUUGUGUAUAAAGGUCAAUCGGGCCAGAAUUUCGUGUUUGGAAAUGUCUCUUACGCACACCCGAAACGAUAUGAUAGUUGGUCUCCAGAAGCCUGUAUGGGAAGCCUCGUGUCGUCCGAAGAUAUCCGUUCGUUCGAUCCAGCGCAAGCGCUCGCUGUCCCUGGUCAUCCUGUGAUUCGAAAAAGCGCCAUAGUGGUCCUUUCCCCGGACUCCAACUCUUUUCAGCAUCAUCUUGACCGUGUCACACAUGUCCUGAUGCAAGGCUCGUCUCUCAUCUUUGGAGAACGCCCGCAUGUAAUUACAGGCAAACACGGCAGUGCCUUUGUAGAUCAGUUAUGGGAAAGUCUGGGAUACCGUCCGGAACGUGUCCUGCAUAGCCAAAGAGAUGAUACAUAUGCUGAAAAGCUGAUUUUUUCAUGUCGUGCGGUAUUGGUGCAUCCCUGGUUGUCGCUGAAGACCCUCGAGGCUUUCUCGAUUGAUUACAUGAAGAAGUCUUCAACGCGAAAUAAAAUCGUAUAUAUGUCGCGAUCCAACGGACGUGCAAAAAACGGUGGCCGUAGGGUUCUUAAUGAGCCGGACCUUCUUAAUGCAAUCAGGACAUUACUUGAAGAGAGGGCCAAGGGCGAAGAACUUGUAGUAUUUAACGAGAACGACUUUGCAACCGCCUCUGACCUUUUCAAAUGGUUCAACGACAAUGUUAUGGCCGUCAUCGGUCCGCACGGAGGCGCGAUGUAUCACCAUCGUUGGGCCGCAAGAGGGACACUCGUAAUCGAGUUCAUGCCCACCAGCUUCACAUCGAUGGCUAUAUUCGAGGAAGCCUCCGUGCUUUCUCAGACAUAUGCGGCGGUGGUUGUUGAGCCAAGUGGAUCGAGUGGGAAGGACAUGAACAUUGAUCCCGAGCAUGUCCUGUCGCUUCUUAGCAGACAUCUAGGUGUUCCCAUGCGGAGACCUCGUCAUGCGGAGCACAUGGGAUUUUUGUCUGGCGAGGCUCAUGACGAUGUCAAUGGUGGUCAGGACGAGGGUUCCUUAGCGGAGGAUCCGUUGAAAUUCAGCUACCAGUGGGGUGGUAAGGAACUUGGCUUGUAAGUUAUGGCUGUAAAGUACUUGGUAGAAAUUACUUAAUAAUAAAUUUUUGUAAUACUAGUACUUUCAUUUCAUUAAUUAUGCAACCGUACAACAGUGG